UCUCGACAUAUGAGCUGUAGUUGGUAGGCGAGCGUGCAGUUGCAGCGUUUCUCGUUCCCUAAGAAGCGUCUUCGGCAUUUCCUUCUGGCUGCGUCUACUAGCCGGGUGACAGUUUUUCCGCUGCAUUUUCAAACGGGACGUCUGGCUUCAUCAGUGCAAGAUGUUUCGUCGCAGGCCCCACGCUACAGGCACCUUACUGGUUGCUGUCCUUCUAAUAUCCAGCGUGGACUUUCACGGCGCUUCCAACGCCACCGACUGUCCAUGUGAGGUCUUACCGUUUGGGGACGCAACCUGCGAAAAUGCCUCUCAGGCACCUCCGUGCCUUCUUUCCAAGAACGUCGACGUGCUGCUGUUGGAACUUCCAACUGCUACAGAACUGACCUCUUCCGAGUUGGCCAGCGUACCAGGCCUGCUCAGGCUCCACCUUAUCGCCCCUUCUCUGACCACCAUCAGGUCGUCCGCCUUUGCCAACAACCCGCUACUGAGUGACCUCAUCUUGGAGAUACCGAAUGUGACCACCUUGGAGGCUGGAACCUUCCGAUCACUGCCCAAACUCAAGCGUCUACAGUUGGAGAGUGGCAUCCAGAGCCUGGAAGAGGACGAGUUUGAGCUGUGA